AUGUUGCUGCCAAAUGCUACCAAUGACUUUCCUGUCCAGUUCAUCCUUCUGGGGAUUCCUGGCCUGGAGCACACCUACCUCUAUAUGGCAUUUACCUUUACUCUGGUAUAUAUGACAUCGCUCAUAGGAAAUGUCACACUGCUAUUUAUCAUAAAGGUAGACCGGAGCCUCCAUGAGCCUAUGUACAUGUUUCUCGGCAUGUUGUCAUCCAUCGACCUGGUUUUAUCCAGUUCUACAACACCCAAGAUGUUGGAAAUCCUUUGGUUCAACUCCAAAGAGAUUUACUCUGAGGCCUGUCUCACGCAGAUGUUCUUUCUCCAUUCCUUCUGUAUCAUGGAGUCUGCAAUUCUACUGUCCAUGGCAUUUGACCGAUAUGUAGCCAUUUGCAACCCUUUAAGAUACUCCUCAGUAUUAACAAAAUGGCUAAUCACAAAAAUAGGUUUGUUGGCUGUCAGUAGAGCGGUGCUACUAAUGAGCCCAUUACCGUUCCUUAUAAAACGACUUCCGUUCUGCUCUGCCAAUGUCAUCCACCACUCCUACUGUGAGCACAUGGCCGUGGUGAAGUUGGCCUGUGCCGAUACCACAUUUAACAACAUUUACGGCAUUGUGGUGGCCCUUUUCAUCGUGGGGUUGGAUUUGAUCUUCAUCAUGUGGUCCUAUGUCCUUAUUCUCCGUGCUGUGUUUCGCCUGGCCUCCAGGGAAGCCAGGUUCAAAGCCCUUGGGACGUGUGCCUCCCAUAUUUGUGCCUUUCUCAUAUUCUACAUUCCAGUUGUUCUCUCAUCCAUCAUCCACAGGUUUGGGAAUAGCAUCCCAGUUCACAUUCACAUCUUACUGGCCAACGUUUACCUGAUGCUGCCACCAUUCAUCAACCCUAUCGUCUACGGUGCAAAGACGCAACAGAUCAGAAACAGAAUAAGAUCCAUCUUCAAAAUGGACUUCAUGUGUUCUACCAGUAUCUGCUUUGACACUGUAGGUAAUCCGAGUACCCAACACUCUCACUGGAAUCGGAGAACCAAAAAAUAA